AUGUAUAUCAAUAAUCCGUCAGACCAUACAAUUGAAUUAUCCAAAAGACAAGGCAGCGGCUCUACCGGUGUAGGAUACAUCUUUCUAGCCGUCACAUUAGCAGCCGGAGUAAUGAUGUCAAUAGCAAUCACAGUAAGAACCAAUAAGAAACGGAAAGAAAUAGGAAAGCCACCAAUCUAUGGUACUAGUUGGAUUACACCUCCAUCAUAUCGACAAUCACAAAAUCAAUAUAAUCAACCAAGUGUAAGACAACAAACACGAGAUCCGGAAUUACCAAGUAGUUAUGUCCCAACAUAUUCUGAAAAAACAAAUGAAACUGAUUUAGGGUAUUAUGAUUCAGAAGGAAAAUUUCAUUUAAAUCCAAAUGCAAAAGUUCCAUUUCCUCCUCCUGUACAUCCAAAACCUUCAAGUUUGAAUCUGAAUGAUAGAAUUGUCGUGCUGGAUUCUAUAGGCGGCGGUGAUGAUAAUAUAGUUAAUGAUGAGAAUUCAAUCAACCAAUCAGAUAGAUAUUCAAAUGAGUCUACACCUCCACCACCACCUUCUCCACCCCCAUUCUCGGCUCUUCCAAUAACUCCAUUCCCUGGAGGAUAUACUGAAAGUCACAGUGUAGAGGAGAGAAGAAGUGAAAGUGAACCAAACAGAGAGGAAGAAACAAGAACUUCGACGGUUGCUAAUAUUAAUAGUACUACUACUACAACUGAUAGUGCUGUUAAAAAGAAUGAAAUUUCUACAUAG